ACGGAGCUAACGGUGAUUCACCCUAUUGACUGGGUAGACUAUGAUCACAUCAGAUUCACUUCGACAAUAUUUAUCUUGUGUAAUCUGUCUAAUUCGUUCAAAAUGUUCUGAGACAAUAUACCAAAAAAAUCUUUUUAGUAUGAUGCUUACAGCUGCUACCGGAAGCUGCUGAUAAAUGCUGAUUUGUGCUGUUUGCGAGUGAAAGAUGGAGCACAUCAGAUUACCAAAGGUUGAAAAAGUCCAGCUAGUGGACAGGGGAUGUUCUCACAGGGCACGAGUUGGAACACUAUAUUUAACAGCCUUUCAUACAGUGUUUGUGGAUAAUGAGGCUGAGGAUCUCAGUGAACUGUGGGUGCUGCAUAGUCUGGUGUGUAAUAUUAAGAAACAAAGCAGUCCUGCUCUGGGACACUCACUUCUCAUUCAAUGUAAGAACUCUCAGCUUAUUCAACUCAUCAUCCCACAAGAGAGCGACUGCAAUGAUGUUUUUAUGUCACUCUUACGACUCUCCAGGCCAGAGCGAUACGAGGAGCUUUAUUGUUUUUCUUUCAAGACAAAUUUCAACAAGGCCGAAAGGGAUGAAAAUUGGGACUUUAUAGACAUGAAGGCUGAAUAUAGUCGCAUGGGAGUGCCAAAUAAACUCUGGCAUGUCACCUCUAUCAACCGAGAAUACAGGGUAUGUGACACUUACCCCGCUGACCUGUUCGUACCUAAAUCAGCCACGCUCCCUGUCAUCAUAGGGAGCUCCAAGUUUCGCAGCAAGGGCCGAUUUCCUACGUUGUCAUACUACUGCAAAGAAACUCAAGCAGCUAUAUGUCGCAGCAGCCAGCCUCUUUCAGGCUUCAGUGCCCGCUGCUUAGAAGACGAACAGAUGCUAGAGGCCAUUAUGAAGUCCAACCCGAGCAGCCGAUUCAUGUAUGUUGUGGACACCAGACCCAAGCUAAACGCAAUGGCAAACCGGGCUACAGGAAAGGGCUAUGAAAACGAGGAUAACUACACCAAUAUAAAGUUUCAGUUCAUCGGCAUUGAAAAUAUCCAUGUGAUGAGGAACAGUCAGCAGAAACUGAUCGAAGUGUCUGAUCUUUGUUCCUCAUCCAUGGGGGAAUUCCUUUUAGGCCUGGAAAAUUCAGACUGGUUAAAACACAUCAGAUCAAUAUUGGCAGCUGGAAUCUUUGUUGCCAGGGCUGUGGCAGAGAAAGGCAUCAGCAUCUUGAUCCACUGCUCGGAUGGUUGGGAUCGAACAGCUCAAGUGUGCUCCAUAGCCAGUGUGCUUCUUGACCCUUACUACAGGACUCUUAAGGGAUUCAUGGUGUUGAUUGAAAAAGACUGGGUUUCAUUUGGACACAAGUUUUCUCAUAGGUACAGCCACUUAAACGGAGACCCCAAAGAAGUGUCUCCUGUUAUUGACCAGUUCUUAGAGUGUGUGUGGCAGCUUAUGGAGCAGUUUCCCUGUGCCUUCGAAUACAACGAGAGAUUCCUCAUCAGCAUCCACAAUCACAUUAAUUCAUGUCAGUAUGGCAACUUCAUUUGCAACAGUGAAAAAGAGAGGAAACUUCUAUGUAUUAGAGAGAAGACUCACUCCGUCUGGCCUCAUUUGUGGAAGAAUAAACUGGACUGCAUGAACCCUCUGUUCAGACCAGACCACAGUCAGACCCAAGGAGUUCUACAUCCCAUUACUAACCCCUACUGUUUCAAGUUCUGGAGGGGUUUGUACAAUCAGUUUGACCGAGGCUUGCACCCACGUCAGUCUGCGCUCGAGAGCCUAGUGGCUGUGAAAGAGGAAACUCAACAGCUAGAAGAAGUUCUGGUCAUUUGUGAGCAGAAACUGGCUGCACUGGCUAAGGAGCCAUUGAAAGGCCUCAGUGUGAAAAAUCAUGUGCCAAUGUACAUGGGCCUAGCCAACAUACCUCAGGACCACAAUGGAAGAUUUUUUGGCACUGGCCCUAAAGUUCUCAGCCUGUUCGGAGAUACACCAAAAAGCUAUGGCAGGGAGUCAGGAGAAGCACACUUCAAGUGUCAUUCCUCAACCAAUGGCAACGCAUUUCCAAAUAAAGAUGAAGUCAAAGAUCCUGACUUUAAUACUGCCUAAAUGUAGGGCUAAUGACAAAUGAAAAGCCAUAUAUAAAGAAUGUAUUUAACUAUACAAAGAAUGUGUGAAUUUCAUGUAUGCAUUUGACUUUAGUUGUUCACUCAGUACUCCUCAAGUCUGUGUGCCUGUAUUUCUGUCAGUGUAAAGACCAGGGUUAAUAUUUGGUACGUGUUGGUUUCACAUUUGCAUGAAGUUAUUUGUGUUACAAACAUGCACAUUGCAAAACACCUCAUAAUGCUAGUAUAUUUAUUUAUUCUAAGACCUGAAAAUCAAACACAUGAGACUGAGAUCUAACCUAUAUAGUAAAUAACACUCCUUUUGUUUGGAAUAUAGGUCGGUAUGUUUACAAAAUAGGUCGAAUACAUUGACUGAUAUUCCUGAGCGUCUAAGUCCAAUUGUUAAGCAUGUGUUCUCAAUGCUUGUUUUAAUAACUGUAUGAACAUUACUACAAAUUGGUUUAUUUUUAUGUUGAACGGUUGAAAGUGGGGAUAUGCUGAACACAUGUAACCUUGGGUUAUACAUUAAUUCUAAAAUAAGGUCUGAAUGAUUGCAAUGUCACUCAAAUAUUAAUAAAUAAUGUUAAUUUUA